AUGGAGGAGGACACACACGGACCGACAAAUUCGCCAUUCUGCGACCCAACCGGCAAUCUUGCCUUGUGGACGUUGUUCUUCGUGCCGAAUACAAUCAACAAGCCUGUACUUAUCGAUGCUGCGGACCCGGAACGUGCCCUGACGCGAGGCCGUGUAACAGAUCUUGUGGGCAGUUUAGCAGGAGCCUUCGAACCUGAAGUUGCCGUGUGCCUCCAUCUGCCGAACGAUGUGCUGUACCCAGUCCUGAUGCUCAGCAUAUGGGCAAACGGGGGUAUGUGGACCGGAUCGAACAUCGCUUAUACCGAGCAUGAGUUGCGCCAUCAUCUUCUAAUGUCCGGAACAUGUCGCAUCAUCACAAUGCCUGAGCAGCUACCCACGGUGGCAGCGGCGGUGCUUGACGUGUGGCCCGAGGUGGAGGUGAUUAUAUUCAGCGACAUUCUGCGAAAACAAGCCACCCCGGAGGAGCGAGUGGAAGGUUUCAGAUCACUCCAUGAUAUUCAGCGGCCCUUCGAUGAUACCAACGAAUUAGCUGUGGCUUCGGACCUUGAAGGUUAUAUCGCAGCUCUGCAAUCAACUUCGGGUACGGCGGGCCUUCCGAAGGUUUCGAUCCGCACGCACAAAUCCUUGAUGCUGGAGUCCAUGGCCAUUGAGGACAGGGCCAUUGCCAAACCAUACGAAGAAGGUGCUGAGCAGCCAUACGAAAUUCGACGCCUUUUUUGCACACCCAUCUUUCAUGCCUUCUCGACGCCCUUAAUGGCCAUCAACUCAAUCCGAUAUGGCCAUACGACUUACAUCAUGAGAAGGUUUGACGACACUUUUGCUCAGAAAGUGUUUGACUUCCAAAUCACGGAGACAGCUGCGGCACCGCCGAUGCUCAUGAAGCUCUGUGAGCAGAAUGAGUCACAUCAUCUUCUGCAAAGCCUGCGCAAGGUCUGGUCUGGAGGAGCACCGCUGUCCCAGGAUCUGAGAAGCCGUUUUCUCGGAAUCUUCGCCAACCCACUACGAAUCGUGCAGGUCUGGGGCAUGACGGAAGGCGGUUGGUUCACCACAUUCCAACGCUGCGAGGACGAUUCGACUGGGUCUGUCGGCAGGCCGCUAAAGGGUGUCGAGAUCAAGGUUGACCGAAGUAAAGAUGGGUUGCAGCUGCGGGGAGACAAGAAGACAGGAGAACUCUUGGUCCGUAGCGAGCAGCUGAUGGUGGGCUACCUUCGAGAUGAAUCAGCCACCUCAGAUGCCUUUGAUGGAGAUUGGUUGCGGACCGGCGACGUCGGAUAUAUCGAAGACGGCAAGGUCUUUCUGGUCGAUCGCGCGAAAGACCUUAUCAAAGUAAACGGUUGGCAGGUCUCCUCGGCGGAGAUCGAAGGGGUGCUGCUGGAACACGAGGCGGUGAAGGACGUUGCAGCCGUCAGCGCCGGGAGUGGAGUCGAUGAACACCCCUUGGUGGUCAUUGUGCCUCGGUUUCUGCCAUCUCCCGAGAAUAUGGGUUUGGCUCUAUCGAUCAUGCCCUCACUGGAGGAUCUCCUGCGGACCCGUCUUGCCCGCUAUAAGGUGGCGAAGAUCGAGUUCGGGUUUGUCGAGUCCAUCCCUCGAAAUUCGAGCGGAAAGAUCUUGAGGCAAGAGUUGAAGAGUUGGGCGGAGGAGCAGGGACUGUUGGAGCGGUAG